AUGCAGUACAACGGAGAACUCCUCUUCGAGAAACUUUGUCUCUUGGUCUUUCUGGUCGUUUCGGUUUUCGUCUCCGCAAUCAUGCAGGACUGGACAUGGCUGAGAGCAUGCAUCUACAAGUGGAUGCGGCCGAGAGCUCUGCGCGAGCUCGAGCACCAGACCCGAAGGAAGGUCAGCUACAAGACUUCCCAGAAAUACCUCGAGACUGCGAAUCCGGAGUUCGCAAACCGUGUUCUCAGAAUGAAGGAGCUUCGACCGACUCGGGAGCGAGCUCUCGUCAAGAUGCACGACCUCCUGUUCCGUGAACCGGGAAUAUGCGACUCCACAGCGGCUUGGUCGGAGGUUCAUGCUUCCAUAAACCGGGCCUUCUCCGAAUCGAACUCGCGAGGGAGCAUAGAAAAGUGCGGAGAGAUCGCUGAUCGCCACGUACGAUUGUGGCGGACGAUAGAACAAGAUCUGCAGAGCCCAUACGAUCUGUACCGCUCUCUGACAGGAUUCUCCACGGACGCAAUGAUGUACGCGGUUCACGGAAUGAAUUUGCGUCUCGACGCAGAUUUGAGGCGCCUCCCUCUGAAACACAUCAACGAUCUGAAGGAGGCUUACUGCUCAUCGGAGUCUGGAAGUGCCGUGGACCAGCUCGCUGGGCCCGUAUCGUUGCUCCUGGUCCUGAUCGGGGCAGAAGCAACAGCGUACACCCUGAACGUCUGCCUCUACUUCCUCGCGAAGACUCCAACUCUGCAGGAUCGCAUGCGGCGUGAAAUUCUCAGCAUCCUCGGCGACCGGACGAAGAUCGAAUUCGGAGACUUGGAGCGGAUGAAAUACGUCGAGAGCGUCAUCCUCGAGACUCUCCGACUCGCUCCGCUCCACGCGAAAAUCACACGAUACGCGGAUGCCGAUGGCAAGGUGGGCGAUAUCUCUUUCAAGAAAGGGAUGCCCAUCGAAAUCGAUGUCACCGAAAUGAGCAGGGAUCCUAAAAACUCCCCGGAGCCUCUGCUCUUCCGACCAGAGCGAUUCUGCGAUCCCGAUGUCAGAAGAAAACAGCGAAUGGAGGCUUUCCUCGCUUUCGGAUCCGGGACCGGAUCCUGCCCGGCGAGGGAGUUCUCUAUGAACUUGAUGAAGAGCUUCCUCGCCCAAUUCUGUCUGAAGCUCAGAGCGGUGAAGACUCCGAAGACCCCGGCUUGCGCUGGGCAGUCUUCACCCGAGCUGAGUCUGGCCUACGUCCUGUACGCAAAGAAGUUUGUCAGUCAUCGCUUUCUGAUAGGAAUUCAGCCUGUCUGCGAUGAUUCCUGCUAG